CAUAAUUCAGCGUGCGUGUCUGCGUCCAACUAACAUGUUUUACUGCCAUUAAAAGCAGCUCUAUGAUUUAUCAAGUGCAGGUAGAGCUAGCGAUUAGCCGACGCUAAUGCUAGCUGGCGUCUAUAAACAAGCUCACAAGCAGCUAGUAAAACAAGGCAGUUCACUGGUUGUCAUGUUGCACAGGGCUAUGAUAUGAAGCAGCUAAAAUCACAAGAGUACACCGUGGUGGACUUUUAUAAGUGACUGGCGUUGACAGUAUCUCAGCUUGGACUUGUUUUCUGUCCAUACACAGGAUGGCGUCAUUUGGCUGGAAGAGGAAAGCCGGUGAGAAGGUUUCAAAGUCAAUUGUGCGUCAGUUCGAGGCCGAAGCUGGGAAAGCUGGUGAUGAUGAUGAUGAUGAUGAUGAAGCCUGUGCGAAUGAUGAGGUGGACUGGCUGCAUGCAAUCAAGCGUCGGCGGGAGGUCCUGCUGGAAGACUGUUCGGCCAAGAGCAAGAGGCUGAAAGAUGAGGGCGCGCUGCUGGCUGAGCAAGGCAGGCACUGGGAGGCCAUUAAGAAGUGGGAUGAGGCCAUUCAGCUGACUCCAGACAACCCGCUACUGUACGAGAUGAAGUCUCAGGUGUUGACCAUCCUUCAGGAGGUGUUCCCAGCGGUGAAGGCAGCAGAGAUGGCAGUGAAGCUCCGCCCCCUCUGGUGGGAGGGCUGGCAGACUCUGGGCCGUGGCCAGCUAAACCUUGGGGAGGUGGAUCUGGCUGUGAGGAGUUUCCAGGUGGCCGUCCACCUCUGCCCGUCAGAGCGCUCCCUCUGGCAGGAUGACUUGGCGUGGGCAUGGAGGUUGCAGCAGCAGCAGUGUGCAGUGCAGGAGAAGAAACGAGAAGAAGAGGAGACCAAACAGAAUCUUCUCAGUGCCCCAGAGCUCGAGCAGGACUAUGAUUUUGAGUCUGACGAAGUGCUGGCUGCCUGCAUGGCUGUGGCCGAGCGACAGACACGCUACGAGGAGCUGAAGCGGACUGCAGUUGUCAUCGACACUGAGGGCAAUAUCAAAAAUGUACAGAUUGAAGAGGAGGGAUCAGCGGACGUUGCCUCUCCAUCACACGCGGAGUUUGUCAAAGCACGAGGACUUUGAACUGGCAUGAAUUGACUUUAAAUUGUGAUUGUUGUGCGGAACAGUUUUACCUCCAAAGCUGUUGUUUUUUGUGAGCGUCGUUUAAAAAAAAAUGUUCAUUUGGAAGCCAACACGUAAUCUCAUUCUUUGUUGUAAAGCAUUAUGUGCUGUCCCAGAUGAAAUUAUGAUGAGAUUAAAUCAACAGUGAUGAAAAAUGUUUGCUAAAUUCAUUCUCUAAUUAGUCAGAAUCAAACAUUGUCCUGGGCCAAUGUACGAACACAAACAUUAGAAUCAAAACGGGGGGGACAUAGGCUGUUAUUCAGAGGAGCAGUCACUUGUCAGAAACACUGAAAAUCUAGAGGAAAACAUAUUUUGUUGACUGGUACCCUUUAGCAAGGCACUUAACUCCUGGUGGCCAAAGGUACUUCCCUUUCUACCAUAGUCACUGACUGACAACCUAUUACAGCAGUAAGGUUUGCUGCCAUUAUGUUGCCCUGUGAUUUGGAAUGGGGUUUGGGGAUGUGACCAGACCAGACCCCUGUUUCUGGGUCAUUGUUAAAGUUUUUCCUGUCCGCUCAUGUUUAAAGAAACAUUUCCACUGAAUGAGAAGCUCACGCUCAUAAUGGCACCAUUGGGACUGAAUUCAGAUUUUAAUCGUAUUUUUCCAGGGAAAGCAGUUAGUGUCAGUAAAAUACUUGACUUUCAAUGUAAAUAUGACAAACCCUUCUAGCAAACGUCCUGGCACUGGGGCUCCUGGUAGUUUGGGUGCCACAGGGGAGACUAAGAUUUUUUUUUUUUUUUUUUUUUUUCUCUGUUCGCUUAACAUAUUAUCUCAAGUUAAUGUUGUUUUGACAGCAAAGCUCUUCCUCUUCCAUCCACUAACUAGUCAGAAUCAAACACUGUCCUGGGCCAAUGUAUGAACACAAACAUUAGAAUCAAAACGGGGGGGGGACAUAGGCUGUUAUUUAGAGGAGCAGUCACUUGUCAGAAUCACUGAAAAUCUAGGAGAAGAAAACAGAUUUUGUUGACUGGUAACAGAUUUUGUUGACUGGUACCCUUUAGCAAGGCACUUAACUCCUGGAGGCCAAAGGUAAAGGUGCGCCAACUCAAAUGUUGCAUCCUCACUGGAAGGACUUCUCUUUUGUGAGAUGAACAGAGACCAUGUCCACUUGCGACGUGUUGACUGAAGCCACUGUGCACUCAUAUAUAUUUUGCAAAACUGCAACAGGUUAAAAACUUCACAGUGAACAAAAUAGUGUUAAAUUUUGAUUCCCUUCCUAUAUAGCUAUCUAGAAAGACAAAUGGCGAUACCAAACUGCGGUAACUAACAACAGGAAGGAAAAGACUUGCAGUAAAAACUGCAGUUAAUGAUGAA